AUGAAAGCAGUUGUGGAUGAUACUUGGAAAAAUGAUCUGUACAAAGCAUUAAAAAAAGGCAAGUGGGAGAAUAUCGAACGAAUAAUCCAGGACCAUCGAAAUGAAGUAUUCACAGCCAAGCUAAAUGAAAAUGGAGAAACAUUGCUCCUCUCGGCCGUCAAUGAAGCUAAAAAGGGGUUAGUCAACANNGAAGCUAAAAAGGGGUUAGUCAACAAGCUGGUGGAAAAGAUUGCACCAGAUUUACAGCAUGCACCAGAUUUACUGGCUGAGACUGACAUCUUUGGGAAUACAGCGCUUCACUUAGCAGCAAAUGUUGGACUUGUUGAAGAUGCCAAACUACUUGUGAGAAAAGAUUCCAAAUUGCUGAAUUGUGAAAACAAAGAUGGACUUUUGCCAAUUCAAUUAGCUGCGAGGCGAGAACAAGCAAAUGCUCGCAGCAUGACUUCUUACUUGUUUAAAGCCGGCAAGGACGAUGAAAAUCAUUCCAAGCUACUCAAAGAAGAAGCUGGUGCUGGUGUUGGUGUUGGUUCAAGGGUUAUGAUAUCUUUAAUAAAAGCAGGAUUUUAUGAUUUGGCUCUUGAUUUACUUGAAUUCAACGGGAACUUGGCAUGGAAAGAAGAGAAUAUCAGUCCUUUGGAGCAGAUGGCCAGUGAUCCGAGUGGUUUCAAAAGUGGAUUUCGCUCGAGCAGUUGGCAGUCCUUAAUCUACUCGUAUUCAUUAUACAAGACGAUGAUCUGGAAUGCGCUUCCAAAAGUUCUAGUGCAAAAUAUGGACAUUCCUGCACUAAAAUUGAAGCAUCAUCAUGCACUUCGACUAGUCCAGUCCUUAUGCUCAACUAUUAAAACAAUGGGUGAACCCCAAAAGAAACUUGGAAAGCCAUUACUUUUAGGGGCACAGAAUGGAAUAGAAGAGAUUGUCCAUGAAAUUCUAGAGUCUCUUCCUACCGCAAUAACUUAUACAAAUGACAAGAAGCGUUCAAUAUUUCAUGUUGNAGCAGUGGUGGCAAAGGUACAAUUACAUUCUUUCAGCUGCUCUAGAUGCCGGGUUACAGAUUAUAAUGAAGAAUGUGAUGAUGAUGAAAAAGAGUCUACUGAUGAAGUUGAAGAAUUUGAUAUAACAGAAUUGAGGAAACUGGUAAAAAUCGAGAGGAAGAGAGCAAAUGCAGCUUAUGGAGAACUCGAAAAAGAAAGGGCAGCUUCUGCCAUUGCAGCAGAGGAAGCAAUUGCUAUGAUUUUGCGGCUUCAGAACGAGAAGAGCGUGAUCGAAAUGGAAGCUAAUCAGUACCGUACAUGA